CGAGACUUGGGGUUUUUCGUUAGGCACAGUACGCGUUCAGAUACGAUACAUCUUCUUGCCGAGCCGGCUUGACCGACUCACUUCCCCCAUGGCAUGGAGAUCACAGAGCAACGCAAGAGCAAAACAAUUAUACCUCACUGGCGGCCUCCCUGGGCCCAAUUCUCUCAACGAUCCCUUUCAGACCGGUGCUGAGGUGCGCAAGCAACAAGCAUUGGAGCUUAAAGAGGGGAGGGAGAGGAAAGGCGAGGAGUGACGUCGGUGAGGAGGUCGUUCUAUCAGAGCCAGAGCCCCUGAGCUUUGGGUUACUGGACUAAAGAGCCGAGCACAUUUGAUUGACUUUUACCGUUAGGAUGCGAGAUAGAGAGAGGGAUUUAAAGGAUAAUUGCCUCGACGGUUUUGAUAUGGGCAGGCCUAGUUGCUAAGAGGUAAGAUUGAAGGUAAGCGAGAGGAGGCUGUGUCUUUGUAGUUUGGGUACUUUCUAUAUGAUAUAAACUUGUCGGAGCUGAGAUGUUUUUUUUCCCUUUGUGCAUUUUGGUCUUUCUCACCUUUUUGCCGUAUUCUUGUGAUUUCGUCAUAGUACUUGGAUACGGAACGCAAUAGAUUGGGUCUUGCAAGGAUAGGGGGGCUAAUGAUGGCCUUGGAAUCAACUGGGGAAGACAAAUGGAGAAGCUAGCCAUGCGAAUUAGAAUUGGCAUUCUAUCAUUUGUGCUGGCGCCUGCUUUUCGCAUGAGAUUCGUGGCAAUGUCUCGGCUACGGAGGCAUAAGAUCCAGACCAUUUUGCUCAUAGCUUUACUCGGAAAGGCGGAUACACAUGUUGCAUGACAGCGGCCCUAGUAAUAUACUGCUCCUUGCGGCUAUGCACAGUACAGCAAGUUAGUAUCCUAUCCAGCCCGCUGUAAAGACGUGUCACAGGCCGUUCA